AUGGAGAGGGACAUGAAUCUGCAGCACUUUAGCCAUAAGCAUCCAUUGAUCUUCUCCAAAGAGCAUGUUGAUGAAGGCAAAGAGAUCGUUCUUUGCUCGGGCUGCGAGAAACCGGUGUUGGGUCCGAGUUACGGUUGUGAUAGAUGCGAGUUUCGGCUUCACGAGAUAUGUGCGAACCUGCCGGUCGAGAUAAACCAUCCGUUCCAUCGCGAUCACCCUCUUGUUCUGCUGUCUAAUCCCCCUGCUCGAUACGUUGAGUGUCUCUGCGAUUUCUGUGAUGCAUCGUGCAACGGCUUUGUUUACCAUUGCUUGUCUUGCGAUUUCGAUAUUGAUGUCCCGUGUGCUCUGCUUCUGCCGUGUUUGACCGGGGAGUUUAUCGAGCUCGAGCGUUUCAGCCACCAGCAUCAGUUGGUUUUCAUAGAAAAGCUUGAUGGAAGUGUUUGUUGCUUGGGAUGCAAGGAAGUGAUUUCCGGUCCUGGUUACGGUUGCUCUCGGUGUGAGUUCUUCCUUCAUAAGAAGUGUUUGAUGUUGUCCCCCGAGAUUAGACACCCGUAUCAUCGCGAACAUCCUCUUAUUCUUUUGACGAAUCGUCCACCGUAUUAUUCGAGCUGCGCCUGCGAUUUUUGUCACAGAACAUGCCAAGGGUUUGUUUAUCACUGCCCGACUUGCAAGUUCGAUCUCGACAUCAGAUGCGCUUCGCUUCCUCGAUGCAUCGUUGAAGCCGAAAAUCAUCGACACCGGUUCAUCCACCUGAUGAAGCCACUCUCGUUUAUAUGCGACACCUGCGGCAUCGAGGGCGACCGUUUCCCUUACUUAUGUACUCAGUGCCAAGUCAUGGUCCAUGAAGAAUGCAGAUUUUUACCCAACACCAUAGAAAUCAGAGACCACUGUCAUCCUGUUACACAUUUCAGUUUGCUUCAACGAAUUAGCGAUUCGUGUAACCAUCGUUGUGGUAUCUGUCAUGACGAAGUGAGCAGAAAGUACGGUGGUUACGGUUGCUUUUGCUGCGAUUUCAUUGUUCAUUCGAAUUGUGCAGUGGCGAAUUCUGUUUCUGUGAUAAAAACCAAAGGGGACGAAUUCUUCGAUUCGAUCAACGAUCUCGGUGAAGCCGAUAUGGUAGCUAUGGUGGUCAAGCAUUUUAGCCAUCCACACAAUUUAACCAUGAACGCAAAGGUAAAUGAUUAUAAGCUUUGUGAUUGCUGCAUGAGACCCAUUAUGGAACAAUUCUACAGUUGUGAAGAAUGUGUCAUUUUCCUCCAUGGAACAUGCCUCGAAUUGCCUAGGAAGAAGCAGCACCCUCUUCACUCGCACCCGUUGACACUUCUCGAGAAGCAUCCGAGCUUUGGGGGCUUGUUUUUCUGCGACGGUUGUCAUCAACGAUGCCACGGCUUCACCUACAGCUGCGAGCAGUGCGAUUUCAACCUCGACGUUCGAUGCGGUUCGUUGUCGAACAUCCUCAAACACGAAUCACAUGAGCAUCCCCUUGUUUUCAGCAAGCGAAGCAAAUGCAGUGCUUGCGGUUUCAGUAACGAGGCCUUAUACUCCUGCUCCGAUUGCAACUUUGCAUUGGACUUCGACUGCGCUUUGUUACCGAAUGUAGUAAAACAUAAGCACCACGAGCACCCUCUCGAUCUGACUUACCAACGCGAUGCAGAUCAGAUAUACUGCGACAUCUGCGAAGAAGAAAUCGACCCGAAGCGCUGGUUCUACCGCUGCAAAGUGUGCAACUUUUACGCUCAUCCGAAAUGCGCUUCUGGGCGGUACCCGUACAUCAAGUUAGGGAAAACGUACCCGUACGAAGCUCAUCCGCAUCCGGUCGCCUUUGUUCACAAGACAAAAGGUAAUGCUCCAUGCAGCAAAAGUGGUAACCCUUGCAAAGGGCUUGCCCUUGAAUGUACUAAGCCUCAAUGUAAUUUCAUCAUCGAAUGGUGUCAUGUUGAAAUUCUCCAUCUCUAA